ACCUCGGCGCUGGCCCCCCGCCAGCACGGGGAGCCCGUCUGGAGGCCGCGGGGCGUAGGCGAGCGGCGCGGAGACCGGGGCGAGGGGGAGCGCCGCGCCGAUCGGAACGCCGCCUCCGACUCGGAGAUUCGGCCGCGGCGCCGCCGGCAGCAGAGACGGGGACCCAGGGACGGGGGGCGGGCGAUGUCGGAGCUGGGGCGACGGCCCCAGCGCAAGGCGGCGGAGAUGGACCCCGGCUCCAGCCGGCACCUCCUCACCGUCGACUCCCGGAGCGAAAACCUCCAUCACUCCCCCCUCAACCCUCCUGAGGGGCCACGGCAGGAUAGGUGGAAGGAUGCGAAUGGCCCUCGCCCAUUGGCUACGGAAGAGAAGAACGCCCAACGCUCAUUGGAUGAGCAGAAGCAUCCCCAUCACCGAUUGGCCGCCAAUGAGAAGCAGGUCCGUCACCCAUUGGUCAAUGGGAAGCACGGCCAACACCUAUUGGAUGUUGAGAGACAAGUCCGUUACCCAAUAGCUGAUCAGAGAAACGUCCAUCACCCAUUGGCUGUGGAGAGACAAGUCCAUCGCCCAAUGGCUGAUCAGAGAAAUGUCCAUCACCCAUUGGCUAAUGAGAAGCAGGACCGUCAGCCAUUGGCCAAUGGGAAGCACAGCAAUCACCCAUUGGCUGUUGAGAGACAAGUCCGUUACCCAAUGGCUGAUCAGAGAAACGUCCAUCACCCAUUGGCCGUUGAGAGACAAGUCCGUUACCCAAUGGCUGAUCAGAGAAACGUCCAUCACCCAUUGGCUGUUGGGGAACAAGUCCAUCGCCCAUUGGCUAGUGGGAAGCAGGUCCGUCAGCCAUUGGCUGCUGGCCAGAAGCGUGUCCAUUGGCCGCAGGCGGUUGGCCGGAACCAAGAUGGCCGCCCGUUGCCCGGCAACCCCGCGGCAGCGUGGGUCCCUGCAGCAGGCGGGCGCGGACAUCCUUAUCCGUCCGGGGGCCGCGGCAGUGGACGGUGGUGGCCCCCCCACGCGCAGCAAGGCCCGGGUCAAGCAGGUCCACUUCCGGCUGUCCCCACCUCCAGCCCCCGGCCAAAACCCAUCGGCCAACCAGCCGCGGGCAACCCAACCGCCAUUGGACACAAGGGCCGAGCAAGCCUGGCUCCCAUUGGCCGGCCGUCCGAAGCGGGUCCACUUCCCAUUGGACAAGGAGAGCGACGGCUUCGACCACCCCUCGGCCCAAUUGGCCACCUCGGCCGGGCCUCCGACCCCCGUCCAAUACCAGCCGGGCAGCAAGGAGGCGGAGGCCAUCAUCGACUAUGUGGCGGUCAAGCGGAUCGAGGGGGGGUCUCCGUCCCGGUCCCCGAAGCCCCUCCCCAGCUCAGACCCCGCCCGGCGGUCACCGGCUCAUCGCCACUCGCCACAGGCAGCAGAGGGCCGAAGGCAGCCCGCGAGGGGGCCCGCUAGCAGGAGCAACGAUGGGCCGAACGGCGCGGUGGACCGAACCCGGGCAGAGAAGACAGCGGCAGUGAGCAGGCACAAGGUGCUGGGCGGAGGGGGGGCCGCGAGCAGCCCCCGGCGGGAGGGGCCCCUGGACCCCCGGAGACGGGACGGUGUUGCCAGGAGGGGCGGCCCCCGCAGACGGGCACAGUCGGCAGACCCGAUCACCAGCGGGCACAAGAUGACAGGUGGGACCUGGCGGCCGACAAGGAAAGGGGCCCAGAAAACGGCCUCACAGCCAACCGCUGGUGCAGCGAUUACACACUCAAGGCCAUGCAAGCAGUCGAACUGCGGAAAGCUCAACUGCGAAAGGCAAGGACAGCUGACCGACACCUUCAACUAGCUCAGGACGAGGAGUUUGCUCUGAAUCUGCUGAGGGGGGAGAUGAUGGCGCUGAGCGUCCGGGAGCGGGAGAUGGAGCGGGAACGUCGGGAUUCCAGGCCGGAGUGGGACCGGGAUCGGGAUCGCCAGGAUUC